CUCGGCUUCCGACGCGCAUGCGUGUUCAACAGUUCUAGGGGAGUCCCGUAUUUUCGGAAGCCUCCCGGCCGGUGGAAAAUCCUAGGCCUUUCUACUCGUCUCGGCUUCCUGCCUUUCGCUUCCUUCACGUCAGGCGCGGGGUGAAAUUCUCCCGGUUCUUCCUGUUAUCCGAGUGCGGCCCCAGCUCUCAGAACCAAAAUGAGCUUGUUUGGAACAACCUCGGGUUUUGGAACCAGUGGGACGAGCAUGUUUGGUAGCACAGCAACAGAUAAUCAUAAUCCUAUGAAGGAUAUUGAAGUUACAUCUUCUCCUGAUGACAGUAUUGGAUGUCUUUCUUUUAGCCCACCUACAUUGCCAGGGAACUUUCUUAUUGCAGGAUCCUGGGCCAAUGAUGUUCGAUGUUGGGAAGUUCAGGAUAAUGGACAAACUAUUCCAAAAGCCCAGCAGAUGCACACAGGGCCCGUACUUGAUGUCUGUUGGAGUGAUGAUGGGAGUAAAGUAUUUACAGCAUCUUGUGAUAAAACUGCCAAAAUGUGGGACCUCAAUAGUAACCAAGCUAUACAGAUCGCACAGCAUGAUGCUCCUGUGAAAACUGUGCAUUGGAUCAAAGCACCAAACUAUAGUUGUGUGAUGACAGGAAGUUGGGAUAAAACUUUAAAGUUUUGGGACACACGGUCACCAAGUCCUAUGAUGACAUUGCAACUGCCUGAAAGAUGUUACUGUGCUGAUGUGGUCUACCCCAUGGCAGCUGUAGCUACUGCUGAGAGAGGACUGAUAGUUUAUCAGUUAGAGAAUCAGCCUUCUGAAUUCAGGAGAAUAGAAUCUCCUCUUAAACAUCAGCAUCGCUGUGUUGCCAUUUUUAAAGACAAACAGAAUAAGCCUACUGGUUUUGCUCUGGGAAGUAUUGAAGGAAGAGUUGCUAUUCAUUAUAUUAAUCCACCAAAUCCUGCCAAAGAUAACUUCACCUUUAAAUGUCAUCGUUCUAAUGGAACUAAUACUUCAGCUCCUCAAGAUAUCUAUGCUGUGAAUGGGAUAGCAUUUCAUCCUGUUCAUGGAACUCUUGCAACUGUAGGAUCUGAUGGUAGAUUCAGCUUUUGGGACAAAGAUGCAAGGACAAAACUAAAAACCUCGGAACAAUUAGAUCAGCCAAUUUCAGCUUGUUGUUUCAAUCACAAUGGAAACAUAUUUGCAUAUGCCUCUAGCUAUGACUGGUCAAAGGGACAUGAAUUUUACAAUCCCCAAAAGAAAAAUUACAUUUUUCUACGUAACGCAGCAGAAGAGUUAAAGCCCAGAAAUAAGAAGUAACAAGUACAAAACCCUGUGUUGAGCUAGAUUGUUCUUCCUCACUCCAGUAUGGUUUUGAUCACUAAACUGUGGUGGAUUCUCAACGAUUGCAUUGUUUGGAUCUGCUUGAAAAAAACCAUUUGAAUCAUGCUACCUGCAAGAAUGCCAGAUGUCCACAGAGUGACUUGCCUGUUUCUACUCCACUAUAAUACUGCCUGACAAACUGCUCUGUAAAUGUAAGAGGAUUGAAAGUAUUGUACAGCUUAGAUUUGUAUGGGCAUUUGCAUAGAUAUUUUACAAUCUUCAAGAUGUGUGACUUACGGGGGAUUGGGACACAAAUCUAUAAAGACUGUAUCAUAUUUUGUAAUAAACUAUUUUCAAAAUUGCCUAAAA